AUGGGUCUGAUGGGCAGUGUUCCUCCACAUUUGGGUAAUCUGUCCUUUUUGACAUAUCUCGACAUUAGCAACAACAGCUUCAGUGGAAACCUGCCUCCCCAGUUAUCUCGCCUGCGCAGAUUGAAGUACCUGAAUGCGAAUUCUAACAACUUCGCGGGAGAUAUUCCAUCAUGGUUUUCUCUCUUGCCUCAACUUCAAGAUCUGUCUCUUGCUUACAACAGUUUCACAGGUACAAUUCCACCCCUGUGCAACACAACAAAGCUGGCGAGUUUGGUACUAGGAUUCAAUUUGCUACGAGGAAAUAUUCCUUCUGAGAUUGGUAAUCUUCAGCACCUGAAAUGGUUAAGUUUGGGAUACAACAGGCUCACAGGUUCCAUACCUCUUACCAUAUUUAACAUCUCAUCAUUGCAACGUCUUGUGUUAACAAAUAACUCACUAUCUGGAGAACUUCCCAUCGACAUAUGCUCUCAUCUUCCACAACUCGGAACACUUGCUCUUUCUGUAAAUGAAUUGGGGGGCCAAAUUCCAGCAGGUAUACAUAAAUGCUCUGGACUUCAAAUUUUAUCACUGUCCUACAACGAUUUCACUGGGAGCAUACCGAGACAGGUUGCGAAUUUAAGUAUGCUUACCAAUCUAUAUCUUGGUAACAACAAGUUAGAAGGUGAAAUAAUCCCUGAGAUUGGUAAUCUUCGUAGACUGGAACUGCUAAGCAUGGAGAAUUCUGGCCUUACCAGUACUUUGCCAUCGUCUUUAUUUAAUAUCACUAAUCUAUACUGGAUUAACCUUUAUGGAAAUCACCUGACCGGAAGCUUGACAAAGGAAAUGUGCUCGCAUCUUCCAGUACUUCGAUUUUUUGAUAUUGGAAGAAAUGGAUUUACUGGGAAAAUUCCGAAGGAAAUUGGCAAUUGUACUUCCAUAGCGAACUUUUACCUGAGUGAAAAUAACUUUACAGGUGAAGUUCCCUGGGAAAUAGGUAAUCUUUUCAACUUAGACAGAUUAGCAUUGAAUCAAAAUAGCUUAGAAGGUGAAAUCCCACCAAUAAUAUUCAACAUCUCAACACUCAGAGGCAUUUCACUUCUGGGAAAUUACUUUUCUGGAAGUCUUCCAGAAAAUAUUGGCCUUGAGCUACCAAAUCUUGAGGAAUUGUACCUCGGCAUAAACAACUUCAGUGGAUUCAUCCCUGCCUCUAUUUCAAAUGCUUCUAAACUCACUAGGCUAGGACUUGGAUAUAAUCAUUUCACCGGUUCAAUUCCCAACUCAUUCGGUAGUCUCAGACACCUGCAAUAUCUAAACGUGGUUGUAAAUAACCUUACCGGUGAAUCAUCACUCCGAGAGUUGAGUUUCUUCAAUUCGUUGAUGAAUUGCAAACAGCUGAGACAAUUGUGGAUAGGCGAUAAUCCUCUAAAUGGAAUCCUUCCAGCUUCUAUUGGAAACCUCUCUUCCUCUCUUGAACAUAUUUAUGCAGCUAAUGGUGGAAUCAGAGGCCACGUUCCUAAUGAAAUUGGUAAUUUGAGCAGCUUGGCAUUCUUGUAUCUGCAUGGAAAUGAAUUGACAGGAUCCAUUCCGAGGACGCUUGGAAGAUUACGGAAUCUCCAAGCUUUGAAUCUAUACGACAACAAAGUUGUAGGAUCCAUCCCAAAUGACCUAUGCAAUUUGAAGACGUUGGGGUAUCUAAGUUUGAGCUUUAACAAUAUCUGCUGCUCACUGCCAGCAUGCUUGGGAAAUAUAUCAUCUCUAAGAAAUAUUUAUUUAAGUGGAAAUAGAUUGAAUUCUACUAUACCUGUAAGCCUUUGGAGCCUCACUGAUCUAUUGCAUUUGGAUUUGUCCUCCAACUUCUUAAAUGGAUCUCUACCUCCAGAGAUAGGAAAUCUGAAGGUUGCAACACUGAUGAAUAUUUCGAUGAAUCAAAUUUCCGGCAUAAUCCCCACGACAGUUGGAGGUAUGAAAGGCAUACUUGAACUUUCUUUUGCUUUUAAUAGAUUGGAGGGACGUAUUCCGGAAUCAUUUGGCAAUAUGUUAGCCUUGGAAUCCUUGGACUUAUCUUAUAACAAUCUCUCAGGUGCAAUCCCCAUGUCAUUAGAAACACUUUUACAUCUUACAUACUUCAAUGUAUCUUUCAAUAGAUUGAGUGGUGAGAUUCCUACUGGAGGUCCUUUCUCAAACUUUACAUAUGAAUCCUACAUGUCAAAUGAAGAACUAUGCGGUGCUAUCCGGUUGCAAGUUCCAGCAUGUAUGGCUAGUCAUCCGAACCACGGGAGAAGGAGAAAACAACUACUACUGAUAGUCUCUACUUCACUGGCUGCCUGCAUAGUUCUAGCCUCGUUGACAAUAAUCUUGAUAAGGCGCCAAAAGAGGGAUAAUAUUCCCAUUCAAACAGAUUCUUUAGUGGAAGCCUCACAUGGAAGAAUAUCUUACCGUGAACUUGAACAGGCAACCAAUGGAUUUAGUGAAAACAACUUGCUUGGCAGAGGAAGUUCUAGCUCCGUAUAUAAAGCAACACUGUUAGAUGCUUCUGUAGUAGCUGUGAAGGUAUUUAACCUGCAACAUGAAGGGGCAUCUAGAAGUUUCGACACAGAAUGUGAAAUACUACGCAAUCUUCGCCACCGAAAUCUGGUGAAAAUUGUCAGCAGUUGCUCUAACCUUGAUUUCAAAGCUUUAAUUCUAGAUUUCAUGCCUAACGGGAGCCUGGAGAUGUGGCUUCAUUCUAGCAACCAUUUUUUGGAUAUUAUGCAAAGAUUAGACAUAAUGACAGAUGUGGCUUUUGCAUUGGACUAUCUCCAUUAUGGUUAUUCAACACCUGUGGUUCAUUGCGAUCUGAAGCCAAGCAAUGUGUUGCUAGACGACGAUAUGGUAGGACAUGUCAGUGAUUUCGGCAUUGCGAAAUUGUUAGGAGUGGAGGAGACCAUUGCACAAACCAAGACCCUUGCAACAAUUGGAUAUAUUGCACCUGAGUAUGGAUCGGAAGGAUUAGUGUCCACAAAGUGUGAUAUUUACGGCUACGGGAUCAUGUUAAUGGAAGUUUUCACAAGAAAGAAGCCCACUGAUACAAUGUUUGAAGGAGAAUUAACGCUGAAAUAUUGGGUAAAAGAAUAUUGGCCUAAUGCAAUAAUGCAAAUUACUGAUCUUGAUUUAUUAAGGCCACAGGAAGAGAAUUUAACAGCAAAACUGCAGUUGAUAUCAUCCAUCAUGGAAUUAGCUUUCCAGUGCUGUGAAGAAUCACCAGAGGAAAGGAUCAAUGUUAGAGAUGUUCUAUCAGCACUCAACAAAAUCCGAUCUCAAUUUUCGCUAUUUAUUUGCAGACAGGGAAAAUGA